AUGCCCCGACCUGAAACGAGCAGUAUAACGCCAUGUUGGUUGCAGGGAACCAAUGUAAAUUCUCAGAGACAACGUCUAACUUCCGAAAGUCAUUCGAUCACCACUCUUCAAGGCUCCACUCACUCCACUCUUUGCUACUGCCUUCCCGCUGAGUCCCCAGAUCACUCCCGCAGCUUCCAGCACUCCUGCAGCUUCCAGGUCACUCCCGCAGCUUCCAGCACUGCUGCAGCCUUCAGCUCACUCCUGCAACUUCCAGCUCACUCCUGCAGCUUCCAGCACUCCUGCAGCCUCCAGCUCACUCCUGCAGCUUCCAGCAGUCUCCAGCUCUCUCCUGCAGCUUCCAGCACUCCUGCAGUUUCCAGCUCACUCCUGCAGCUUCCAGCAAUCCUGCAGCUUCCAGCACUCCUGCAGCCUCCAGCUCACUCCUGCAGCUUCCAGCACUCCUGCAGCUUCCAGCAGUCUCCAGCCCACUCCUCCAGCUUCCAGCACUCCUGCAGUUUCCAGCACUCCUGCAGUUUCCAGCUCUUUCCUGCAGCUUCCAGCACUCCUGCAGUCUCCAGCUCACCCCAACAGCUUCCAGCGGCCUCCAGCUCACCCCUGCGGCGCUCUACUGACGUCCCGCUACCUAUUCCACCAUCCGCUGACGAUCUAAUCCAGUGCCCACUGACGUCCAGCGCCCGUUAA